GCCAGCUCAGCCUUACCCGCCCUGUCAGCCAUUUUUUCCCAACCCGCGAAUCCCAAUUCCCACCUCUCCUUCUCCUACGACCCAUUCACCGUCAGCGCCGCCUCCGGCGACGUCUUCCUCGGCAACGGGACCCUCCCGGCGUUCUCGCUGAGCAAGAAGAACGAGACGAGCCUGAGGAACGUGGUGGUGUCCGGGUCGAACGAGGUGGACGCGGAGUCGGUGAACGGGCUCAGAUCGGAUCUGAAGAAGAGGAACGGAGUGGCGACGCUCAAGAUUCAGCUGGACACGAAAGUGGUUGUGAAGGUGGGCAAGCUGAAGACGAAGAAAGUUGGGAUUCGGGUCACCUGUGAGGACAUUAAAGGGGCGGUACCGAAAGGUAAGGCUCCUCCCUCUGUUGUUGUAACUGCUGGGUCCAAGUGUAAGGUGGACUUGAGAAUCAAGAUCUGGAAGGUCACUUUCCGAGUAAGCUUUCAUAGUCAUGCAUCCAAUUUGCCUCUGCCAAGCAAAACCCCAGAUUUGAUUCAAGAAUAG